GCAUAAACUGCGUUCCAGAUAGAGAAAAGGAUACAGUGUAUACAUUUUCAUCAAAAACAUGUGUGCUUUGAACGAGAAAGCUGCUUUCGAAAUUUUAAAGAUGACUACUUCUUCAACCUUAAGAGCAACGGCCUACGGCUCAUCGAUUUCGUUGCCUCCAAGAAUAUGAUCAUACGCAGCACGUUUUUCCAGCACAGACACCAUUGAAAGAUAGCACAGUUUAAGCUUAAACCCAGUGAGUUCUAAACACAAGUAAUCCCUGGUGAAGGAACAACAUUGUUUGAAACCGAGAGACACUGUCGCAAACGCCAAACGCCAAAAAGAACACAUCCGCCAGACAUCGAGCGGCAACUCCAAAGAAAGAUGCGAACCGACAUGGUGGUCGAAAACAAACUGGAAGCCGAGGCAGAGAUCCUCAGCGCUGAGGAUCAAUUCGACCUACUCACGUACAUCUCUUCCGGAACGGAUUACCAUGCCGCCCAACUCUCUCCGGUCGAGGAGAACCCCUCCACCCCCAAGGAGAAACCAACGGUCCUGGCGGGGUACACCAUAUGUCCGGACACGCUGAGCCAACUCCUGUCGAACUCGAGACAGACCAAGCGGAAACUCCCCAUCAUCACGUUGGAUAACCUCGAAGAACUAACUGCAUCCACAACGCCGAAGAAAUUCCGCAGUCCCACCUCCUCAACGGCUUCAUCCGUCUGCGGAGACUCCGCCUCUGAAACCUCAUCGCCGGCCAAGAAACGCCGCGGCCGACCGCCGAAACAGUCUAGCCUGGACUCCACCUCGGAAGCCUCCUCGUCGGCCAAGAAACGUCUCGGACGACCGCCGAAGCAGUCCAGCCUAUACCCGGACCGAGCCGAGUACGAGCACCUCAGCGAGCAAGACCUGCGGUACCGGAGGCAGCGAGACAAGAACAACGAAGCAUCACGCAAGUCGCGAAACAAUCGGCGUGAUCGGCAGUUGAUGCUGGAGUACGAAGCAAACACAUUGCUCCAGAAGCACCGAGAGCUCGAAAACGAGGAACAGCAACUGAUCCGCGAUUGUGCUCGAUGGCGCCGAGCGGUUAUGCGAUUGGCGCAAGUGUAAGCAGACGACUUUUCGAAAAAAUUGUAAACCUUAUACGUAGUACAAUUUUUAUUUCCAAAAGAAAAACAUUAAAGAAAUGGUAAAUAGACGUAAGAUACAGUUGAA